CUGACAAAUGUGACUCUGCCAUUACUACUUAUUAGUUUUAUAGUACGUGUUUUUAUCGCUGGCAGUAACGAAGAAUGCUUCUAGUUUUAAACAAUAAUUGAAUGUGCUAAAUUGGUGUACCUUUAAUAACUAAUUAGGCAGUUCAACAGACUUUAAUAAGUUCAAUAAUAGAUAAGAUUUUUCGUAAAUAGAACAAAAUGGACGAUAAGCAUCACCUACUUUUGUAAGGUAAACAUGAGUGAAAUGUAUUCUAGUACAAUAAUCAAAUAGGUAUCAGUAUCACUGAUAAAUACUAACGGACGUUACUGAUAAGUGAUAACAAUAGCAACAUACUAUCAUAAUGUACCGGGCACUUGACGAAUCACGACAUCGACAAAAUGAGGAUACUUUGUGCGAUUCUCAUCUUUAUGGUGUGUAGUAUUAAAGUUGAAAGUUCUUUGAUAUGUGACAGUGAAUUUUGUGUGUGCCACCACAAUAACAAAGGUGAUCGCGAAGUUUUCGGCGAAAUCGUGGACUGCUCGUACGAUCCUAAUUUGUUAAAGAAAAACUUUGCUUUACCAGAAACAGCGCAUACUCUGAAUUUAUCAAGAAACAACUUGACUAAGAUACGAUUUUCACUUGUACUUAAAUCUGAUACAUUAUCAGAGUUAUUAUUGAAUAGCAAUCAAAUAACAGAAAUAUAUCCUGACGCUUUUCGUCUAUCAAAUCUAAAAAGGCUGGACCUAAGUGACAAUGAACUCCAAGUCAUCCACAAAGGAACAUUCGAUCAUAUAAAUAAGCUAGAAUAUCUAAACUUAGCGAACAAUAAAUUCGCUACUUUCGAGAAAAUAACUUUCCAUCACUUGGGAGACUUGAAAGAAAUAGUUUUAGACAAUAACAAGUUAGGACCGAGUCUUGAACACAAUAAUCUAUUCAACCGCAACGGUUACGGAUUGACUAAUAAAAUACAGUCUUUAUCUAUGAGCGGAAUCAACUUGGAAGUCGUCCAUGAAAAUUUCUUCGUAGACGCAUUUGACUUGAAAAGACUGAUUAUUUCUAACAAUAGUUUAACUGAGACUUUCGAGUUUCCGUUUACUUUAGAACAUCUGGAUAUCUCAGACAAUCCUAUUAGUGAGAUAUCCGAAGAAGAUUUUCUUGAUCUAGUCGCAUUAAAAGUAUUGAAACUAAAUAAUUUGCCGAUUAAACGCAUUCCUGAAUACGUAUUUGCGUCGUUACACUCUCUUACAAAUUUGGAAUUGGAAAGAAACAACAAUUUAGUCAACUUCAGUGCAACGGCAUUUGGGAAGGAAGUACUUGAAGAUGCAGAUGAUUUUGUGCUGGAAACUCUAUCCCUCAAAGGAUCCAGGCUAACUUCCUUGGACGAGCAACUGAAGGUGCCGUUUGGGCAACUGAUAAGAUUGGAUUUACAAGGCAACUUCUGGCAUUGCGACUGCAAGCUGAAGUGGAUAAAGAAACUGCAAAUACAUCCUGAUGAUUAUGAUCACUUGAGAUGCUACACACCAAAGCAACUGUACAACAGUCGGAUAUUCGAUCUCGACGAAAAAUUCUUCACAUGUGCGAUUAAAAGUCCCAGCCGCCAUAUUGUCGUGACGAUAUCCGUUAUAACCUUCUGCUUGCUGCUCACUUCGCUUGCGGUGUGGGUGUACAUGUUCAUGCCGAGGUCGCAAACCAGGUGUGACCUUGCCCAUAUGUACUCUGGUGCUGGAUACUCUAUUUUGCCAGUUCAAGCCAGCACUAUGAGAGAUCCAUUAUGAGAUCACUUCGAUGUUUUUAAGUUUAAAUCCCUAAAUAGAUCUCAGCAUAUUGGCCUGCGCACACUGAAGCAUGGGAUGGCAGAAGAUUUUGAAUGUAUCAAUUGAAUUUAAUAUUUAUUCCAAUCGAAAUAAAGUAUAUAUUUCAAUGUACGGUGCUCCAGAGAAAACUGCGCUGCGAUGCUCCGAGGUUAAUCACCUUAGCAAGAUUGAACCUUAUUUCGAUUGGAUAAAUUUUAAAUUUAAUUGAUAAAUUUAAAAUCCUCCGCCGUCCCGUUCUCCAGUGUGGGCAGCCCACAAAAGUUCCAUCGAAAAGAAAAAGAUAUUUUGUCAAAAAAUAUUGCACUAAACGAAAUGCCCAGUCGAAAUGUCCAUCAAAGAAAUUGAAAGCAUUAUAUAUAGGUGAUAAAGGUGUACCAUUCCACUGAGACGGCUCGUGGGACAGAAUGGGUUGCGGGAGGGAGACAAAGACGUUGAAUUCCUUGAUUUUCACGGCUACUGUCACCCUCCCGGAAUGCGCAUGAGCCGUCUCAGUCAAACUACAUAAUGCCUUCAUUUUUAAGAGUAUCCGCCAUAUUUGCUGUAUCAACUGUCAUGUCAAAAGUACAGUAUACCCUUACAUUAAUGACUAAAAUCCAAAUCGUACUUUUGAUACGACAGUUGACAAUCGAGCACACAUAUAGUUCGCGACAGGUCGAUGGUAAUCAGGGUAUGUAGCUGGGGGGACGCCCCGCACGUCACCCGCGCUAACCCCGUGCGGGGCGUCUCCACCCCGAUUGUCAUCUCGACCUGUCGCGUACUACUAUACUACUACAUCUUUAGUAGGUUGAGGUGUAAAAAAAAGAAAAUAUGUAGAUAAAAUUCACUUGAUAUAUUUAUAAAAUACAAAAAGUGUACAAACUGCUUACAACGAUUACAUCUCGGUAUUGUGCUGCGAAUUGUAUAACAAGCUAUUAUAUUUGUGCUUCGUUAACAUCCAGAUACAAGAUGCGAGAUUCAGUCCAAUUGUAUUUUCUAUUAAAAUAAAUAAUUAUUCUAGUCUAUGCAUUUCCACAGAUUAACGAAGCCUGAAUUCUAAAGCCGGGUCCAGACGAGUGUAACGUUUAAAGUAAGAUUACUUGUAAUUUAGCGUCAACAGUGUGAACGGCACACGAACUCAAAGUUAAUUAUUGUGUACGCGAAUCUAUUAUUAUUAAAGUCUAAACGAGCACUGCGAGCGCCUUUGUGUUCGCGCAAAAAACCGACAGCCGAUGGAUCAGCCCGAGCGCCGGCGCGAGCGUUGCAUGCAAUGUUCGUAGUGCCGUCCACACGUAGAAUUCGUGUUACAUUACACGUUACGCUCGUCUGGACCCGGCUUAAAGUGUAAUAACUAGACUUCGUUAUCUUGUCGCGGUCACAGACGUCAAAACGAGACUCUGAGAACGCUGGGUUAGGUCGGUUACUCUGGUUCUCCUACGGACCUCCUCAUUUCUGAUUUGAUCAUGUAGAGAAACUCCAAGCAUAGCUCUAUCUAUCGCCCGUUGACUGACUGAGCUUUUUUAAGAGGCCUAUAUAGUUAAGGAAAAAUCCAAAAACUGGGAGUUUGUGGUUAUAUCAAACAAAAAAUUGAAUUUACUAAAUCACAUAUAGAUGGCGCAGUCCGUUAUUAGCUGGCCGUUUUACAUAAAAGGGUUAGGUAUACCUUGUAUGAUCGUACGGAUAACGGACCCUUUCUGUGCGAAUCCGACACGCACUUGGCCGGUUUUUUUAUUACAAAACACCAAAGUCAAAGUCAAAAUCAUUUAUUCAAAGUAGCUCCACCGACGUACUCAUUGUUUUGUCGCCUGUAAAUGCGAUAACAUUACGGAGUCUAGUAAUAACCCUUUCUGAUGUCAGUACACCCCCUUAACUUGAGGGGAUGACCUUUUAAAUAACUUUUAUCGAAACAAAACGUUCUCUAACCUCGUCAAUUUCACUAUUCCAUUUGACUUUUAUUUAUCCUACUUAAGUAUUAAAACUCGAAAUCUACAGAGCCUCGAGUGUAAAUUAAAAAAAAUAGUCUUAAUUCAUAGAUGGCUUUGACAAACCAGGGAACUUAUUUUUACAACUUUUACUACAUUUAGAAAUUGCUUGCCUUAGGCUGGGAUUCAUAGAGCGCACCUUGACUUGCUCAGACUUUAGACACUGUUAAAACGAGACAGCGUUAUACCUCAGCAAUAACGCUGUCUCAUCUUAACUGAAACUCAUAGAUCAUCUUAUACAAAACUGUAAUGACACACAGCAACUAGAAUUGCUAAGUGUCAAAAACCAGAAAUUGGGUUAAGUUUAGUAUUUUAUCCCACUAUUAUAUUGACAUUUACUGUCAAACUGUUGACUAAGUCAAAAGUUUUGAAGUCGCACUAAAGGCUCUGUCCUUAUAAUCUAAAGCAGGCACAAGCGUUUUACAAAGGCUGCGAUUUGAGCAACGGGACACAAUAUGUUUCUUUCAGUCUAUACUGCAUGUAUAUUUUUCAUCUAUAAUUAAACUGGAUAAAGAUAUUACUGUAAACUGGAAAGUGUAAUUUUAAAGGAGAUUGGCGAAUUCCAUAGAGUUUCUGACCCAAACUAACAGAACCGUGUCCCUCAAGCCCACGUUCACGAACCAAACUUCUCAUGCUUGUUCUAGUAUACCAGUCUAACAAAAAACUUCAUCAAAGUCUAUUAAAUAAAGUUGGUAGAAAAAAGAUAUUCACUUGUAUUGCCAUGUAACGGUUAUUUAUAAUGUGUACUUGUGAAUAAUUAUAUUUUUGAUCCCAAUCUAAAAGUAUCAGGCUUACACAGAAAAAUAUUAUUAAAAUUAAAUGAUUUCUGAAUCUAAACGGUUUUUGAAAAUGCUGGGUCAAAAUUCGCCAACCUCCUUCAGUAGACAGUGCUCUUUUGCCUUUCUGGAAUGCACGUACGGCAGUAAUAGUAAUUGUUAUUAUUAUUAAUCGUCAUGGUUGACUUUGCGCUUAUACUAUAAUAUUAGUGUGGAUGCUGCUUUACAUAGUGGCUAGCGCUCGAUGUUAAAAACUUCGUUAUCGUGAUGUAAUUGUAAACAGCGCCACCUACUGUGUUACAUGAAAAUAUCAUAAACUUUUGUCUGCAUAGGUAUUUGAAGGUAUUUGAAUUUCGAUCUACUCACACUCUGGCAAAUAUAAAUGUAAAAACCUUACAAUAAGUGAUGUAUUUUUGAGACGAUAUGUUACAAAAAGCAUAAGAUUGAAGCAAUCUUUGGUCAAUUCAGCUACAAAUACAUCGAGUACAUUACACGCUGUGUAUAUUAAUUUAUGUUUAAAGCACAACCUUUUCAAGCUUUUAAAAUAUUUACAAAUUUUCUUAUUUAUCAGCAUCUUUGUGAUUUUUGUUUAAAAGAGAACAUGUAGGUACAUUAGCUGAGUAUUUUGUUCAUUUUACUGGUUUGGUAGAUUGUACAAGUAUGAAGAUUAUAAGAUUGUAGAAAAUGAUUUUCUGAUUACAAAGUAUUGAUUAUAUAUUCCUAAUGACUAUCAAAAUUAAAAAGUACCAUAAUAAUUUGAUAGAACUUCAAUAAGGGGAUUCAAUUAUGCAAGACAUAUGCAAUUUACAUUUUUAUAUGAAUUAUAGAAUAAACAUAUCUUUUAUAUAGUAUGUCUUUGAUUCAUAAAAAGAUAUUGUCUAUGUACUUCUAUAAUCUAUACUCAUAUAAUAGUCAAUAUGCAUAAAUGUAGUAAAACCACAUCUAAAACUUGAAAUUUCUUACAAUUUUAAAAAUUUUCACGAAAAGCAUAUAAAAUAUCAGACUAUUUUUAUAAUUAUCAGUAUUAAAAACUGUUUUUAUCUAUCAAAUAAAUAUUUAUUCUAAACUAUGAUAUGGUUCUUAGACUACUUAUAAUAACAUUGUAUUUAUACAGUUAUAAAUGCAAUAACUGUUUUUCGAGUAUUAACAUAUAUAAAGCACUGUUUUCACACUGGAAUUUUUAAUAGCUGUUUUCAUUGCUUUAAGGUGAAUUUCGUUAGAAAGCUUACUACAUAAUUAAUGAUGUACAUAGUACCUAACAUAGUUUUCGAGUCAUUAACUCAUUUGAUCAUUAAAUUUUUGCAAGGGUUUGCUCUUUAUUUUACUAGUUAUGACUUUGGAUCACAGACUAUAACAUAAAAGUUGUAAUCCAUCUUUAUUUUAGUCUGUGUUUUUAUCUUUUUACUUAAAUAUAGGUUAUAAAUUUUAUUAAAAUAUUUUUUAUUCAUGCAAUUUGUGCGAAACACUUUCCUACAACUAAUAAUAUGUAUUUAUUUAACCUAAAAUCAUUCCAAAACAUUAUGACACAAAUUUACAAUUAAUACGAUAAAUAAAUGCAUAAUUUAAGUCUUUUUACUAUAACAUAAUGGCUCAGAAUAAUACAAAUGAGAUUCAAUUUUGUCCAUGAUUGCACAUUUUAUUUUAUUUAGCUCACAUUUUAUUACUAAUUUUGAUGUAGAUUUUAAUUCCAUCGCGUUAAAAUACAUGAUAUUAACAACAUCAUGAAACUUCUUCAUUGUGUAAAAUAAGCGACUACUGUGCAAUAGUUGUUGUCAACAAGAGUAUGGGUUGACAGGUUGCGACCGACUAGCAACAAUAAAUUG